AUGUCUAGCCAGCCACUCCUCCCUCCUCCCACAGCAGGUGGCGCAGCUCCCACACCCCGGAAACGCCGUGUCAUCACCAUCAUUGUCCCCUUGGUCCUCAUCGCGGCCACCGUGUUUGUCCUCAUCUUUGGCGAGAAACGGCCAAAGGAUCCUCUGGCGCUCGCCAACUACUACCUCAAGAGCACACCGGUAAUCGACGGCCAUAUCGACCUCCCAAUCUACGUGCGCGAGCUGUAUGGCAACGACAUCAACAAGUUUGACCUCCGCAAGGCGAUUCCCGGUCACCUUGACAUUCCCCGCAUCAAGGAGGGCCACCUCGGUGGCUUCUUCUGGUCUGUCUACACGGAUUGCCAUGCCGAUAUCGACGGCCCCGACUUCCUCAACCCUAGCCACCAUGUCCGCGACACGCUCGAGCAGAUCGAUGUGGCCCUUAACCUGAUGGACAAGUACAGUGACACCUUCACCUUUGUCCGCACUGCUGCCGAGGCCGAGGCUGCGAUGCGCGCGGGCAAGGUCGCCAGCUUUAUGGGCAUUGAGGGCGCCCACCAACUCGGCAACUCUCUUGGCGUGCUCCGCCAAUACUACAACCUGGGUGUGAGAUAUGCUACCCUCACCCACAGCUGCAACAACGCGUUUGCCGACUCGGGCGGCUUUGAGCACGCGCCCAACGCGACGUGGCAUGGUCUCUCGCCUCUUGGCAAGGAGCUCAUCAAGGAGAUGAACCGUCUCGGUAUGCUCAUCGACCUGAGCCACGUUUCGGACAGCACUGCUCUUCAGGCAAUCAAGCACUCCAAGGCUCCUGUCAUGUUCUCUCACUCGGUCCCUCGCCACUUUAACAGCAUCUCGCGCAACGUUCCCGACGAGAUUCUCGACCGCAUUGGUACCCGCAACCACCAGAUUGACGGCGUCGUCAUGGUCAACUUCUACCCCCGCUUCGGUUCCAGCAACCCCGAUGAGGUCGACGUCAAGUACAUUGCUGACGAGAUCGAGUACAUGGGCAACUACAUGGGCCGCCAAUACGUCGGUAUUGGUUCCGACUUUGACGGCAUCGAGAAGGUAGGUGCGCGCUUCAGAGUGUUGGAACUCACCCACCAGACUCCCAAGGGCCUUGAGGAUGUGUCCAAGUACCCUUACCUCUUUGCCGAGCUCAUCCGCCGCGGUUGGACCAAGCAUGAGAUUGGCGGCCUUGCUGGCGGCAACAUUCUCCGCGUCCUGCACGGCGCCGAGGAGGUGGCUGCCAAGCUUAAGAAGAAGCAGGGCCCCAACAUGACCAUCUACUCGAAGCGCCGCGACGUUGGCCGUGGCCUUCCGUUCACCAUCGAGGCCACUGAAGAGGCGUAG